AUGAAGUUGUCACGGUGCACUUGUCGCAUGAUGGCGCAACAUGUUGUCUGCUCAAGCACACCGGCAGCUCUUUUAUUACUUGUUUUUGUGACAUCCAAUUUAGUAACCGUUAAUACAUUUACAAAAGUGAAAGUAUCUGAUAAUUUAAGUGUCAAGUCAGUGGAUGUCUUAAUCAGGAAAAAAUCUUUUACGGGAGAGAACGUGUCUUCUAGUUCAGGUUUCUUGAUUGAAAUUCUUGGCACCGGCCUCGAGAAUAAUGUCUCAUUACUCUGGUCACGUACAAUUGAUAACUGCGAUUCAGAAAACAAAUUAAGUGCAAUUUGGAUCUCACCGAAUGGCAGUCGUGCGAUAUAUAAGUUCGACAAAGUUCCUAAUUUUAAGGUUACUACGAUCUAUUUCUGUCUAAAGAUCGUCAGCAUAUUCGGUGAAAUAUGGACCAAUCUUGGAAGCAAUUUUACUAUCAGGUCUCCAAUACAAUCAAAAAAAUAUUUUCGUACAAGACGUGACACUUUCAAUUUAUUACCUACUGUCAAUGAUGACCCCGAAAAUCUAUUUACUCGGCAAAUUCAUACAGAUGUGUUUAUUGAGGGUCUGAGAAUAGAGACAUCAGCAAAGGAUCCUAGUUAUAGGGAAGAUGGUAUUCCAGAGAUACUUGCUGGCAGUAAGGCAGUCAUAAGAUUAUUUGGUUUUGGUUUCACAGAAGGUACUUUGAUUACUUUUACUGAUGAACCAGCCAAAAGGGGUAGUAUCUGCGAUAAGAUUAAAACCAAUGAAUUUUUAAUACAAAAUGUAAGAAAUAACACUGCAACUAUUGAUGUGGUAUUACCUCUUGGUUCACCUUUCUUCAUAUGUGUAAAACAACCAGUAUAUGGAGAGGCAGAUCCAAAUACUUUACUCUUUAGACAUCAAGGCACUGAAUCAUGGCAAACUAUAUAUACAUAUGAAAAAUUUUUACCACUUUGGCUUAGUAUUGUAAUUAUUUUCAUGUGUCUUACUUUUUCUGCUCUAUUUUCUGGUUUAAAUUUGGGAUUAAUGGCAAUGGACAGAACUGAGUUGAAGAUACUUUGUAAUACUGGAACAGAAAAGGAAAAACAAUAUGCAAGAACAAUACAACCAGUGAGAAAUCAUGGGAAUUAUUUGUUAUGCUCAAUUUUAUUCUCCAAUGUUUUGGUGAAUUCGAUCUUUACUAUUUUGUUAGAUGAUUUAACUUCUGGAUUAGUUGCUGUUAUUUGCUCUACUUUAGCUAUUGUAAUUUUUGGUGAAAUUUCGCCACAAGCUAUUUGCAGUAGACAUGGAUUGUGUAUUGGAGCAAAAACUAUUUACAUUACCAAAUUAACUAUGGUAUUAACAUUUCCAAUGAGUUAUCCUAUCAGCAAACUUUUAGAUUUCCUUCUUGGAGAAGAAAUUGGCAAUGUAUAUAAUCGUGAGCGGUUAAAGGAACUUGUGAAGGUAACAACAGGAUAUAAUGAUUUAGAAAAAGAUGAAGUGAACAUUAUUGCUGGGGCAUUAGAGUUGCGAAAAAAAACUGUUAAGGAUGUAAUGACAAAAAUUGAGGAUGUAUAUAUGUUGGAUUAUAAUGCCAUUUUAGAUUUUGAGACAGUAUCAGAAAUUAUGAAAUCAGGUUUUUCUCGUAUACCAGUAUAUGAAGGUGCAAGAACAAAUAUUGUUACAAUGCUUUAUAUUAAAGAUCUCGCAUUUGUUGAUCCAGAUGAUAAUAUGCCACUAAAAACUUUAUGUCAAUUUUAUCAAAAUCCAUGUAACUUCAUUUUUGAAGAUGUUACGCUAGAUAUUAUGUUUAAACAAUUUAAAGAAGGUCAUAAAGGACACAUGGCAUUUGUUCAAAGGGUUAAUAACGAAGGCGAAGGCGAUCCUUUUUAUGAAGUAAUAGGAUUGGUUACAUUAGAAGAUGUUAUAGAAGAAUUAAUUCAAGCUGAGAUCAUGGAUGAAACUGACGUCUUUACGGAUAAUAAAUCUAAGCGCAGAAGACAAGCUAGACAUAAAAUACAAGAUUUUACCGUGUUUGCAGAGAAGAAAGAAAAUCAACGAAUUCAUAUAUCGCCUCAAUUAACAUUGGCUAUGUUUCAGUAUUUGUCUACAACUGUAGAUGCUUUUAAGCCCGAUACAAUAUCGGAAACUAUUUUGCGUCGUUUACUUAAACAAGAUAUUAUUUAUCACAUCAAAGUGAAAUCACGCGAAAAAGCAAGAAAUGAUCCCGUAGCGGUAAUUUAUCAACAAGGAAAAGCGGUCGACUACUUCGUCUUAAUCUUAGAAGGUCGAGUUGAAGUUACAGUUGGAAAAGAGAAUAUGAUGUUCGAAAGCGGCCCGUUUACGUAUUUUGGUUCUCAAGCACUUACUGUCAAUGUUGGAAUUGCUGAGUCACCUACCAAUACAAAUCCUCAAACGGUGGGAAGUAUACAAUCGAUCAAUUUAGAUUCUAUGUUACGGUAUACAUUCGUUCCUGACUAUACGGUACGGGCAGUCACGGAAGUGUUUUACGUCAAAAUUAAAAGAUCUUUAUAUUUGGCUGCGAAACGAGCCACACUUCUAGAAAGAAGUCAGAAAGAUUCAUUACCCGGUCAGGAACAACAAUUUGACGACGAAGUAGAAAAGUUACUACAUUCUUUGGAUGAAGAUGAUCGUAGUAUGCCAGAAUCUCCGAUAUUGCCUGUUGACAAAGAAAAAGAAAGUAAAAAGGAGAAGGAGAAAGAGAAAGAAAAAGAUAAUGUGCAAUCUCCUAUUCACAGUGCAACUGCUCCAACUUCACCCGCUCCAGUCAGUGCUAAUCCAAUUACACAUUCGAAAUUCAUCUCAUUAUAUAGUGAUCAUAAUGGAAAACUUAAAAAUUCACCAGUAAAGACAACAAUAAUCAGUCCUGGUCAGGCACAACCUAAGUUAGAUUUAAAUACAGAGAUUCUGGCUCGUCAAGAAGCAAACAGAGCUAUAUCAGCAAAAAAAUUAAUCGAAGAAGAAGAAAGAACGAAUCUCCUGCCUAAGCAAGAAGACUCUUAACGUUCGGAAAAUAGUCGACAGCAUUUAGUGAGUCGACAUUAACACUGCAGGUAUUAAACAACGAAGAGCAGGAAAAACCUCUAUGACAUACAAUGCUAUCAUGGCAUUAGGUACUUAACAAAUUACUUAAAUAUUUAUCGCGAAACAAAUUGAUAGUUGAUCUUGUGUAUUUUAAGUUUCAAAUAUUUGGGUUUGUGGAAACCACCCACUAUGUUCUACAUAUAUAAAGUUAGUACGCUCAGGGAAAGUUGCCAAAAUUUCAGAUACUCAUAUAUCUACAUUUGACUCUUCUUGUAGUCUACGUAAACAAUUUCAUACGUAAUUAAAAUUUAAUACACUUUUAAUCAAUAAAUGUUGCAUAAUUUUUUAUAGAUAUUUUAUAUUUUAAAAGAGCGGAACACUUACUGAAGAUUGUUUAUUCUCGUUAUUAUAGCAAACUUCAUUUUCUAUUGUUUAUCACAAAAUGCAUAUAUAUUUUUCAACUAUUCUUCUUGAACAUUUGUAAAUAUCACUAUACCAUGCAUUUCCUCAUAAGAACGAUACUUAAUGUAUGUGCAUUUCAUAUUGAUGAAAUACACAUUUAUAUGACAUUUCUUAAUGAUUACAUAUGAAUAAUCCUGUUGUUAUGCUUAUGCCCCACAAAGCAAAUGAAGUUUUUAAAAAUUUAAAAACAAAGUAGCCAAAUUUAAAUGCAGUUGUAUAACUACAAUUAGUUUUUCACAUUUCUUACACCAUCAAGUCAACAAACUUUAUUCAAGGAUGUAUUUGAUUGAGAACGUGUUACAUUAGAAGGUUAAAAGAACUCUGAAUGUAUAAUUUAAUAUAUUCUUUAGACACAUAGAGUUCUUUGAAACGACACGUCAUUUUUCAGUUAUCUUGUAUUCGUUAAAUCAUAUUCCUUACACAAAUGUGAAUAGUGUAAAUAGAAGGAACAAAUUGUUCCCAUUUGUAAUGAAUUAUGAAACUCUCGGUAUAUAUGGUAUAAAAAUACUAUGUAUUUUUAUUCAGUGCCUUAAAAAAUUUAUAAACUGUGUUUAAUCGUAUUUAAAAAAUUGCAUUUUAAUAAGAAAUAGAUAUGAUUUCUAUAGCAAAAUUCAAAUUAUAUGUUCAUUUAAAUUUAUUUGCUAUAGUAAAAUGCAAUUGAUUUAACUUUCGGUUUAAAACAGAAAUUUACUUUGUUUAUAAAUCUUCUUUCAUUUAUGAUGUAUGUACAACAUGAAUAGUUAUGUGUUUCUUAGAAAAAAAAAAAGAAAUGUUGAGCGAUAACACAAUCCCUGUAGACAAAUAGUGAAUUGCAAAGAGUUCGAUAUUUUAACGAUAUAUGCCUAAUGUGUGCUUUUAUUCCAUUUGUUUUUCUCAAUUACUAUAUUUUUAUUAUACAAAAGAGUGUGUGUCAGAUAUAAAAUUUAAUGUUCGACAUUUGUACAUAUCUUAAGUUUCAAAUAGUUAAUAGUUUAAAAUAGUAUUUUACGAAUAGAAGUUUUUCUAAAUUUCAAAAAAUCUCUAAUAAAAAAAUCAUAAAUGUAUAAUCAGCCGUUAAAUGUGCAAAGUAAUUAGAUAUUCUAAAAAAAAUUUAGUAUUGGUUUUCUUGACAAAUAAAAUUCAAUUCAUGUACUCACUCUUAAAAGCAGAACAAGUCUACAGUAUAGAAUUACUUGGAUAGAGUGAUGAAAUUUAUAAUUCUAGAUAUAAAUUAUUGCAGCUUAUCGUUAUUUUUUCUUAAAAUUUAAUAGAUAGACCAUUACUGCCAUAUUUUUUAAACUUAUAAAUAUUUCAAUAAUCCUUUCAAGUAGCUUUUAAAAAUACGUAAGAAAUUGAAAGCAAUUACUACCAUUAUUUGUAAAUAUUAAUUAUUCAAAAACUGAAUGAGAUACUAUAAUUUCAAAGUAUGCAUUUUCGUUACAAAAGAAUAUUCAUUUUAAUGUAAUAUGAGCUUCAGAUUUAAAAGAAGUCAUUCAGAUUUUAAUUUUUAUAUAAGUAUAUAUUUAUUAUUUAAGGAAUUUUAUGUAAAUAUGUUUGAGUAUUUACAUAAAAUAUGUUUAAAUGUUUUGGGCAAUUUUAUGGAAUAUUUUACAUUCGUACGAAAUAUACAAUAUAACUUUAAGAUCCAUAUACUCAUAUUAACACAUUAUGUUACAAUUAACAUUAAUGUAUUUAGACAAUGCAUACCUUUAAAUUACAAUAGAUAGACCACAUAGUGUCAUGUAUUGUGUAGCAUUUAUUGUUCUUUUAUUGUUUUUUUUCUUUAUUGCUUAGUUCUUUAUUCCCAAUUUAUUUUUAAUUUUCGAUGAAUAUUACAGACAAUAUUUUUACAAUCCAUUUAGUCAUUAUGCAUUCUAUUAACAGCAAUUUAAAGUACUUAUUGAAAUUUAUUUAUAUUUACAGUAUUUUAUAGAAAUUAUAGAUAUCACUAACUGUGAGUUUAUACCCAUAACAAUUUUAUGUUAUUUUCACAACAGAAAUUGUAUCUUACUAAGUGAAGAUAUAAAUAUUAGUGAAGCAUGUGAAAGAAAAAUUAAAAAAUAACAACUAUUUAUGUGUGUUAUAUUUGUAAACUGACUUUUAGUCGAUUAACAUUAUGUAAUAGUGUGCCUAUAAAUAAAAAUAAGUGUAUAUUGCUCACAUCAAUAGCAAAAUUUUGCCAAAAUCAUGAUGCAGAAAAAGAUAUUCAGUUAUCUCUUUCUGCACAUUAUUCCUUGAUAAAUCAAAAUAUUAUCCAAAAAAAGGCAUACACAUUAAUACUAAACCAAAAUGCUCUGUAUUGGUGUAUAGCAGGGAACUGCACAUUGCACAUAGUUUCAGCAACAUUGUAUAAUCUAUAUUGUAUAAUUAUAGAAUUGAUAAAAAGCAUGUCGAUAAAAAUGUGUAUCCAAAAAAAGAGUCAGAUAUUUAUCAACAUAUUAUUAUAUCCGCAAAAUAAAGAUACAGUUUUGUUUUCAAA